CCCACCUUAUAAAGGACCUCAAGAAUGGGAAAGACCUGCUGGCUGAGAAAUACAAGCCAUCAAGCAAGAAGACCAAACAGAGGGAGACCCAGAAAGAGAGAGUGACAGAGGGAAGAAGACAGGGGGGAGCGAGAAAGGAAUAAAAAGAAGCUGCACAAAUGGAUGAUCAGCCAGAAAUGAAAGCCAAGAAUCCGUGGCGAAGGCCGUGGAUCAUCUGCAUCGGUGUCUUUUUCGCCGCUGUAAUCAUCACAAUGGUGGCCGUUGCAGUAGUACAGAACAAACCUCUACACCAGAAGUACAAGUAUGGGAUAGUUCUGGAUGCAGGCUCCUCCCAUACAUCUGUCUAUAUCUACCAGUGGCCAGCAGAAAAAGAAAACAACACUGGAAUGGUUCAGCAGAAGCAUGCCUGCAAUGUGAAAGGCAAGGGCAUCUCCAGUUAUUCAGCUGAACCAAAGAAGGCUGGUGAGUCUCUGAAGGAAUGCAUGGAUGAAGCCAGGAAUACCAUACCUGACCACAGGCACCAUGAGACACCAGUGUACCUCGGAGCCACAGCAGGCAUGAGACUGCUCAAGAUGGAGAAUGACGCUGCCUCAGAAAAGGUACUGGAGUCUGUGGAGCGAUUCCUGCAAACCUACCCAUUUUCCUAUCAGGGAGCUCGAAUUAUAACUGGCCAAGAAGAGGGAGCUUUUGGCUGGAUCACUGUCAACUACCUGAGUGAUUAUUUAAGAAAGGCUUCAGGAACUCUAGGAGCUCUUGACUUGGGUGGAGCCUCUACUCAGAUCACUUUUGUGUCUGGACAGAAUCUGGAGUCUCCAGACAAUUCUAUUGAUUUUAGGCUUUAUGGAAACGAUUACCAACUAUACACCCACAGUUUCCUCUGCUAUGGAAAGGAUCAGGUCCUUAAGCUUUCUUUGGCAAACGAAAUACGAUCAACAUAUCAAAAAUUGACAGGUAACAUUACUCUGAAGGACCCUUGUUUCCAUGAAGGCUACAAAGCUCCCAAAAACUUUGAGAAUGUCUUUAACAGCCCUUGUGUAGAAGGCUUGAGUUUGACCCAGAAAGACUUCAUGCAUGUGGGUCUUGGGAAUGGAACAGCAUGUCGUGCAGCAGUCAGAAAAGUGUUUAAUGACAGUCACUGUACUCAUUCAACCUGCUCCUUCAAUGGUGUCUUCCAGCCCCCUGUGGAUGGGAAGUUUGGGGCAUUUUCUGCUUUCUACUUUGUGAUGAACUUUUUGAACCUGACCAGUUACUCUUUAGAUGAGGCUAAAGAACAGCUGGCAAGAUACUGUGCCACACCAUGGAGCAUUAUAAAGCAAAACCACCCUGACGUGAAGGAAAAGUAUCUUUCCGAAUACUGCUUCUCAGGUACCUACAUUUUGACUUUGCUGGAAGAUGGAUACAACUUUACUUCUGAGAACUGGAAAGACAUCGAAUUUAUCAAGCAGAUCGGGGACAGUGAUGCUGGCUGGACGCUGGGUUACAUGCUCAACCUGACAAACAUGAUCCCUGCAGAAGCUCCGGACACUCCACCCCUGCCCUACGGAGGCUAUGUCACACUCAUGGUCUUCCUCUCCUUGAUGAUACUUGUCCUUGGCUUACUUGCCUACAAAUGCUUCCGCCGACCAACUGGCUCAGCCCAGAAAGAAAUCAUUUAGAUUUGAACAGGCUACUCUGCUGUCCAUCCUUGUGGAACAUUUGUUUCUGAAGAACGAAGCCUACAUUUUAAAAAUAACCAGUUCAAAGGAAGAGUCUUACAUUUCAGAAAAGAGACUUUAUACCUCAUCUGAAGGAAGCACGGGCUGCAUAUAUUUGGAAUAUAUUUGGGAGCCUGCUUGAUGCGAGAGACAUUGGAGCACAUACAGUAUCCUCAUACAACUGGAUUGUUGUAUACCCAUUUCUUUGGUGUUUGUUAGGACAAAAUUUUAAAGCUGCCUCCAAAACAUCUCAGGAGUAAGUGGAGAGAAGAUUGUAAAUUUCUCCUAAAAGGGAAAGUGCAGUGAUGUAUAUUGUGUGCCUUUGAUCCUUACGCAUAGCAAAAUAUUUUUAGCAAUAGAACUAUCUGACAGGAUAAAGCCAGUUAAUGUAGCACUGCGACUGUGAUUUCUGUAGGCAAAGCCCAUCAUUCAGAGUAGUUGUCUGUCUUGCAUCAUUAAGGAAGUUUCAGCAGUGACACUCCAUUUUUAAAACUAAAAUAUGAGGAGGCACAAUGUUACAUUUCAGUCCAAAAAACAGAUUGUUUUAGAGUUCUUUUGUAAUAUCGCGCCAUGAUGUAUGUUUAUACUGCCUGAUUUUUGUGACACAUCUGUUUAAAGUUGCUUUGUACCUGUCUGUGUUACUUCAGUAACAUACAUGUGAAACUGUUUUUUUUAUAUUUAAAUAAUAAAGUGAUCAGUGAGUUUA